ACGGCGGUAAAAUGAGUCAAUAUGAAGACGUGGGAGCUGUAACUGUACAAAAAAGGAAGAAAUAUAAUGUCAGGGAUGCUUUUAAGUUUCAGAGAACGACGGGUGGCUCUAAUGAGCACUGCUGUGUGCCACUUUGUACCGCUUCAAGUCGCUAUAACAGCGAACUCAGCUUCCACCGCUUCCCGAAACAAAACGGACUGCGUGAGGAGUGGCUGCAACAGAUUCGCAGGACGGGAUUUACCGUAACUCCGCAUACGAAGGUAUGCGGCCGACAUUUCGAAAAAUUCCACAUUCGUGUUACUGUUAAUGGUAGACGGGUUUUAGCUGCAAGCGCCGUGCCAACAUUGUUUGCAUGGAACAAUUACGCUACCAGCAAGACAGGGGCCGGGACUCGACCGACAUCAAGUCCGGAUCCAAGCCCAAUGGAGACCGAGGAGGAGAUGGUCCCAAUGCUCGAGGACCACGACUACGGAGCCUGUCGCGUGGUGUGUGUCAACCGGGAGCGGUAUGAAAAAAUGCGUGAGGAAAUCGAGGCGCUGAGACAGCAGCUCCACACACUCCACAUGGAGAAAUCAUUUGGACUCGAGCGGUUUGCUUCGUCACCAGAGGACAUCAGAUUUUACACCAGAUUCCCCUCAUAUGAGCAUCUGAUGGCGUUUUGGAACCUGAUCAGUGCAGCUACAGCCAAACUGGUUAGGGUCACCACCAGAGCAAGGAAAACCUAUGCCACUAGCACAACAACUGAAAGCCCCUUAACCAGACCGACUAAACUGCUGCCGAUAGAUGAACUCUUCCUCUUCCUGACAUACCUAUCCACCGGCUGUACCCAGAGGGAGCUGGGCCAUAGAUUUAACAUCCACCGAGCCACAGUCAGCCGAGUCAUCGUGACCUGGGCCAACUUCCUCUACAGCCUACUGGGCUCGGUCUGUACAUGGAUGUCUCCAGCAGCUGUGAAGGCCAGUCUUCCGCGUGUCUUUCAUGGCAGCUACAGCGACACACAAGUAGUCCUUGACUGCACAGAGCUACGGUGUCAAACUCCUUCAUCCCUGCUCCCUCAGAGUGAAGACUUCUCCAACUACAAGUCCCACCGCACCUUCAAGGCCAUGGUGGGAAUGUCCCCUCACGGAGCCCUGACUUUUGUGUCAGCACUCUUUGAGGGUUCCAUGAGCGACAAGGAGGUGUUUCGUCAGUCAGGGAUUACAUCACUCUUAACACCUGACAUGGCCAUCAUGGUUGAUAAGGGCUUCAUGGUGGAUGACCUUGUACCUGGGACUGUUCAUUGUCCUGCCUUCCUCUCCAAGAAGACGCAAAUGCCGGAGGUGGAUGUUCCGAAAACGCAGUCCAUUGCUCGUUUGAGAGUGCACGUCGAGAGGAUGAUCCGAAGAGUUAAAGAAAAUAAACUCUUUGAUACCACUAUCCCUCUCUCCAUCGCAGGGAGCAUAAACCAGCUCUUCACAGUCGCAUGUCUCCUCUCAAACUACCAAAAUGGACCUCUUGUCAAGAAACAGAGAUAUGAAGUUUGAAAUUG